GGUAUUUUUUGAGUCCACUGUUUGGUUUAGCUAGUGUUUGCAGGCUGUGUCAAAUUCAAGUGAAUAGGCUGGGGCUUGACACUCAUUUGGCCAUAACAGCUCCGGCCUAAAAAUUCAAAGGAGGGACAUUUUAACUAUACUUUACGUCGACAAAUGUUAAAGUAAUGCAUCCCUGGUUUAGUCAGAACAGGGAGUUCCGCACUUUCACAAAUUGAUGCACUGUGAGGUGAUUGCUCGCUAGCUAACGUUACCCGCAAACUCCCUCCAUCUCGUCCGUGUUUCGGUCACAGCACCUCUGCUCUGUUGCUGUCUUUACAACUUCAAAACAGGUCUUGCGGAUUUUGGGUUUAAGAGCUACAAUGGGGGCGUUUUUGGACAAGCCAAAGAUGGAGAAGCACAAUGCUCAUGGUGAGGGGAACAGUCUGACCUAUGGCCUGAGCAGCAUGCAGGGCUGGAGGGUGGAGAUGGAGGAUGCGCACACGGCAGUCAUUGGCCUGCCUCAUGGGCUCGACCCUUGGUCCUUCUUUGCUGUCUAUGAUGGGCAUGCUGGCUCCCAGGUGGCCAAAUACUGCUGUGAGCACCUGCUGGAGCACAUCACCAGCAACCCAGACUUCCAGAGUGGUCUGGAGCCCAACGUAGAGAGUGUGAAGAUCGGCAUCCGCACAGGUUUCCUGCAGAUUGACGAGCACAUGCGGAACAUCUCAGAGAAGAAGCACGGUGUGGACCGCAGUGGCUCAACUGCGGUGGGGGUCAUGAUUUCCCCAGGCCACAUCUAUUUCAUCAACUGUGGAGACUCCCGGGGUCUUCUGAGCCGUGGAGGAGCUGUGCACUUCUUCACACAGGACCACAAGCCCAGCAACCCACUGGAGAAGGAGAGGAUUCAAAACGCCGGAGGCUCUGUCAUGAUCCAGAGAGUGAACGGCUCUCUGGCUGUGUCCCGGGCCCUGGGAGACUUCGACUACAAGUGUGUGCAUGGCAAGGGCCCCACUGAGCAGCUGGUUUCACCAGAGCCUGAGGUGUAUGCCAUUGAAAGGUCUGAGGUAGAAGAUGAGUUUAUUGUCCUAGCCUGCGAUGGCAUCUGGGAUGUCAUGGCCAAUGAGGAACUGUGUGACUUUGUCAGGUCCAGGCUAGAGGUGACCAAUGACCUUGAGAGAGUCUGCAAUGAAAUUGUUGACACUUGCUUGUACAAGGGGAGUCGGGACAAUAUGAGCGUUGUGCUGAUCUGCCUCCCAGGGGCUCCAAAGGUGACUGCAGAUGCCGUGAAAAGGGAAGCAGAGCUGGAUAAGUACCUGGAGAGCAGAGUAGAAGAGAUCAUAAAGAAGCAGGGAAACGAAGGGGUUCCAGACUUGGUCCACGUGAUGCGGACGUUAGCAUCAGAGAGCAUCCCUAACCUCCCUCCUGGGGGUGAACUGGCCAGCAAGCGAAACGUUGUUGAAGCGGUGUACAACAAACUCAACCCAUACCGAAGUGACGACACACUUUGAGACGCAGUGUCGGGAGCCAUCCACAACAGAUGAUUCUAAGAAGUGGCAAAGUGUGGCUCCGGCAGCUCUACACCCCUGUAUAGCAGUAGUCUCAGUCUGCAAGAGGGACUCCAAUAAGCUCCUUGUUAAAUAUAUGUGUAAUCUUAAUUUACAAGGUUUUGGCUACACCCUUCACAACACACUAGCAUAAUAAACGUAAUGAUACAUUUCCCAAAGGAAAAAACAAUCUCACCUGGGAUUUGAACUUAACACGACCCCCCCCCCCCCCCCCAAAAAAAAAGCUGUCUCACAAUACUGUGAGCUAUAUGUCCAAUUUAACUUUUGUGCAUGUUUUAGUAACUUUGAUUAGAAGAUUGUGCCAUGUGACUUCUGUUCACCUGUUAAAUGUAAUGUCAAAUUGUAGAUUUCCACCUAAAUAGACAUACCCAAAAGUAAUUAUUUAUCAUGAGGGUCAUAAACGAUACCUAGUGAUGCUUAUACUGACAACCAAAUAUUAUUAUCUCACGUUUCUGUCAAAUACAAAAUAUUUGCUUAGGUAUAUUCGUAAAGUAUUCAGACCCCUUGAUUUUUUCCACAUUUUGUUUAGUUAGCCUUAUUCUAAAAUGGAUUAAAUACAUAAUGACAGUGAAAACAUGAUUUUACAUUUUUUAGCUAAUUUAUUUAAACAAAAAUUACAAACACCUUAUUUACAGGAUUAUUCAGACCCUUUGCUAUGAGACUUGAAAUUGAGCUCAGGUGCAUCCUGUUUCCAUUUAUCAUCCUUGAUGUUGCUACUACUUGAUUGGAGUCCACCUGUGGUAAAUUCAAUUGAUUGGACAUGAUUUGGAAAACACACACCUGUCUAUAUAAGAUCCCACAGUUGACAGUGCAUGUCAGAGCAAAAACCAAGCCAUGAGGUCGAAGGAGCGCGAGACAGGAUUGUGUUAAGUCACAGAUCUGGGGAAGGGUACCAAAAAUGUUCUGCAGCAUUGAAGGUCCCCAAGAACAGAGUGGCCUACAUACUUCUUAAAUGGAAGAAGUUUGAAACCACCAAGACUCUUCCUAGAGCUGGUUGUCCGGCCAAACUGAGUAAUCGGGGGAGAAGGGCCUUGAUCAGGGAGGUCACUCUGUCAGAGGUUGUCCUUCUGGAAUGUUCUCCCAUCUCUGCAGCACUCCACCAAUCAGGCCUUUAUGGCAGAGUGGCCAGGCGGAAGCCACUCCCAAAAGGCAUCUAAAGGACUCAGACCAUGAGAAACAAGAUUCCCUGGUCUGAUGAAACCAAGAAUGAACUCUUUGGCCUGAAUGCCAAGCAUCACAUCUGGAGGAAACCUGUCACCAUCCCUAAGGUGAAGCAUGGUGGUGUCAGCAUCAUGCUGUGGGGAGGUUUUUCAGCUGAAGGGACUGGGAGACGAGUCAGGAUCAAGGGAAAGAUGAACGGAACAAAGUACAGAGAUCCUUGAUUAAAACCUGCUCCAGACGCUCAGGACUUCAGACUGGGUUGAAGGUUCACCUUCCCCGAGGACACUGACCCUAAGCACACAGCCAAGACUACGUUGGAGUGGCCUCGGGACAAGUCUCUGAAUGUCCUUGAGUGGACCAGCCAGAGCCCGGACUUGAACCCGAUCAAACAUCUCUGGAAAGACCUGAAAAUAGCUGUGCAGCGACGCUCCCCAUCCAACCCGACAGAGCUGAGAGGAUCUGCAGAGAAGAAUGGGAGAAACUCCCAAAAUACAGGUGUGACAAGCAUAUAGCAUCAUACCCAAGAGAACUCAAGGCUGUAAUUGCUGUCAAAGGUGCUUCAACAAAGUAUUGAGGAAAGGGUCUGAAUAUUUAUGUAAAUGUAAUAUUUUGUUUAUAAAUUAACAAACAUUUCUAAACCAGUUUUUGCUUUGUAACUAUGAGGUGUGUGUGUGUGUGUGUGUGUGGGGGGGUCAUUUAAUCCAUUUUAGAAUAAGGCUGUAAAGUAAAAUAUGUUUGAAAAGUCAAGGGAUCUGAUUACUUUCCAAAUGUACUGUAAGCUCAAGUGUAAUGAACAUAUGAAAAAAAUCUUUUUUUCCCCCAUCUCCUAUUCAACAAAAGUGGGGGAAUAGGGCUUGUUAUGUAUAUUACAUAUCAAAUUAUUAUUUCACUUUUUAACUAUAAAAUAAAUAUUAUCGUACUCGGUGACAAUACAAAAUUGGUACCAUUUCAAAUUAUUGACAGCAUUUUCUGCCUAGUGUCUUCUGAGCGACGUGCAGAAGCCAUUCAAAUGUCUGAUGACUUGUACAACUUGAGCUGUAAACACGGGUGAUUUAAUCUUGUUUCAAUUCUACGGAAUAAUUUUUGCAUCCAACCAUCUGACAGCACAGCGAGAUUAGACUGCGUUUGCUGCAAUCGCUAGUCUCCCAUUUCAUAUGCGUUAUUUUUAAGCGGAGCUGCAAAUUUCAGACGGGAGUUCGAUCCUUUGUCUGGAUAAGCCAGAAAAUGUGAUGUCACCCCUUGUGUAAAUUAGGUAUCAUAUUUUAUAUACAGCAUCUCAGAUGAGAGUGUAGAACGGCAUGUGAAGCAGGACAACCAGAGCUGUUACGUAGUGCACAGCAAUCAAUGUUGCACCAUUGACCGAGCGCUCUCUAAACAAAAAUGUUAGUCGGAACCGGUCUAGAAUCGCUCAGUCCCCUAAAUGGGGGACUUAACUUUUAGGACGCUCUCAAGAAAAAGUGACGUCAAUGUUUGUAAUUGGUUGAUACAGAAUUUGUUACAGGAAAUAAUCACGUCCGGCUGGUUGUGUUAACCUGGCAUACUUAACCCUAUGCAAUCUGAUGGGGGAAAAGAACACUACUUGUUAGCUAUCACGUGCAACCUCGUCAACAAUUGUAAUUGGCUGAUGCGGAUUUUGAGACGGAGAAACAUUUUUCAUUUAAACUGUUUCUAAUGUUUCGAGUAUGGCCCUCCCAGUGUUUGAAGGCCAAAUAUGCUUUCUGAUCUAUGCGGGCAGCAUUGUAGUAGCAGUGACAGCUGGCAGAGCAAUCUUAGACCAUUAUUUAGGCUGCAAUUAUUUGAUAUCAAUCUUGUGUACUUGCUCCCUAAAGUUCCAUCAAUGGGGAUAAUAUUCAAGAUUCUUCAAAUGGGAGCAUCUUACAAAUAGUUUAACAAGCAAUAUAUUCAUUGAAGCAAUCAUUCAUAACAACCAUUCAUAUACAAACAUUCUCAUGGUUAUGUGAAUAAAAUGUUGUGCUUCUUUAUUCUGACAUGGCUUUCUAGGCAGGAAACAGGAAUUUUUAUCACAGAAAAUAUAAGGGUGCUAUUCAAACAAACCAGUAAUAAAAUGCUGUUCCUAAACUGUUUCUGGAUUAGGAAUAGCAUCAUUUGGGUUUGUUUGAUCAGCCUAAAAUGACCUUGUAACAGUGUCACUAUCAAAUGGCAUAUGACAAAUAAAAUCCCCUUAUUUUACAGUCCAGAACUGGAAAAAAUGUAAUUGGUUAAAGUGAAGACUUCAAGAUAUUGCUGUUAAUACCAGGGAUCUCAAUCUCAAUUGCCGGAAAGCUCUGCUCACUUAUCCGUACUCUUUCUUGAACAAUGUCUUGGACUUUUUACAUUUAUUCCUGUCCAAGUUCGUAACUAGUGUAGGACUAAAUUAACCUCUUGGGUGGAAAGAUCAGCCCUCUUGCACGUCUCCAGGAGUUGAAAUCGAGACCCUUUGGAUGUAGACCCAGAGUCUGAAGGGUUUUUCCUUCCUUCCCUCCUUCAAGGACUCAGCGUCCACAGACGACAUGUGGUAACACAACCCCCACCACAAACAGCACAGAGUUUACAACCCGCAACCCUCUCAAGACCCACAGCAGCUCCGUUCAGCAGUCUGUCUCCCCACCACUUUGAGCGUUACAUUUUUAAGAAGGGAAUAUGAUGGGAGGACGAGGAGAUGCAAACACACCUCUACACCCUGGAUAGUGCAGCACCAGUCCGCUCUGAAGUUCAGGAUUCCCUCCAUUUUGUCUCACCUUUUACCCCCCCCCCCCAACCUUACUCAUAACUAGCGAGUCCAUUAGGUUCUUUUAAAAAAUCAGCUGAAACAAUUUAUUUUUUUGCUGUAAUUAGUUUGAUUCACAUUUCCUUGUGUUUUGUAUAUUUCUGUUUUUGUGAAGUGCAAUUGUCGUGUACAAACAGCCUGUAUUUAAUGCAGCUUGAGUUCAAGUAAAACAAUGAAAGAAGUGAGAAAGAGAACCUUUUAUGCACUAUCUGCCUUUUUCCUGCUCUUCUGGAGUUCCAACAAAUGUCUAUUCAGUGAAUAUUACUGUUUGUCCUCCAGGUGAUAUUAUCCUCCUGCUCUUGUUCUUUUUUAGUUUAAGUCGUUGCUCAUUAAAGAAACGGGUAAAUUGUAUAGGUUCACAGCACAGUAAGCUCUCUAAAUCUAACCAUAUAAAUCCUAAUAUUUACAUGUUCAAUUUUAAUUAUUUUUCAUAUACCUUUUUCUUUAUACGCUGUAGUAACUAUGGUAAAGUGUUACACAGUCCUUCAUUGUGUUCCUGUCUUUUGGAGAGAAAGGAUCUUGUUGCUCUCCUGUAAACACAACAAAGCAGCUCCAAGAUGCAAGUGAAGAUUAUCCCACCUGACACCUUUUAACACUUGCUGUGUUGGAUUCCGUGUAUGUGUGUGUGUGUGUGUGUGUGUGUGUAUAUACUGGCAAGCGUGCCUGGGUGCUUGUGUGUAUGUGUAGAGGUAGGUCUCUAUCUGCAGCACUGUAGCUACUAGCUAAUGUUUGCUAUGGUGGUGCUGAUGUCAGAACCACAUGGGCUGGAGAUUUAGGCACCAUUACUCCUACAUACCUCUUCUGCACCUCAUCAGUCCUUCAUAUCAGCACAAUACAAUCUCUCACUACCCCUCACUCAGAUAAUCCUUCCACUGUCAAAUAAAGUGUUAAGUUGACAAAUUGCUAUUUGAACUUCAAAAUGACAUCUACCACAACCACUUUGUAAUUGUCAGUGAACUCUGUGACACAGUUAACCUGUCUAAUGACACAGUGAUUUAAAAAAAUGUAUAUAUUUUUUAUUUUGAACCUUGACUAGUUGACAUGUUUUCAUGUGUCAUGAGUGUUAGAAUAUUUACUUUGAAUAAACCACAUGAGGUUGGUGGCACCUUAAUUGGGGAGGAUGGGCUCGUGGUACUGGCUGGAGUGGAAAAGUAUCAAACGUGUUUGAUGCCAUUCCAUUUGUUCCAGGCAUGAGCCGUCCCAUCUGCAGCCUCCACUGGAAUAAGCAUAAUAUGUGACAGAUGCCCACCAUGACAGGUGCCACGUGGUCUAUGAUAGCAUAGGUCAGCUUUAUGACAGCCCAUGCCAAGUGACGUUUUCUAAGUUUCAGAGAGGAGUUCAAAUCACAACAUUUAUCUGAUUUUUACAAGUGUUUAAGUGCUGAUUGUUAGAAACCCUAGUUACCACCACCAGUCUAAGUGAACAUUCAAUCAUCUGUUUCCAAUUUCCAAGUGGUGUUUUUUUCUAAAGAAGCAAUCCAGUUGUUACAUGCAUUUUUGGACUUGUAAAUUAAUGGUAUGUUCACAUUUGUUUCUUGAAGAAUAUAACUUAUAAAUGCCUAGAGCUUAGUUAGGUCAACUGCUGAUAUACGCUUGUUUUACUCAAAUUCUUGUAAACCAAGUAAAUGUGAACAAACACUAGCCUAAAAAUAUGGAUAAAACUAUCAUUUUGAUAUCAUGGAUGGUCAGUCUUUGCAUGCAUAGCUCAAUGAAUUUGAUUGGUUACAUUUCUCCAGCUUCAACCCGUAGCUUUUUACAGAAACAGGGGUGUUAUAGUUUCAACUGCUGAUUGCUGCUUUAAAUGUUGCUAUAUUCAACUAUACAACCAAGAACAAAUCUACUAAAUGCAUUGAGCUCUCCUAGAGCUCCUUGUAUUUACUGUGUGGUUUGGGGUGCUCUUACUGUAGAGACCUCAGCCACUGCACCAGGAGCUAGGGCACGGUAUGCUGCUAAAGUGUAUGAUUGAUUUGCAGUUAAUUUUUCCCUUUUAAGAAAAAAGUGUAUAGUAUGUAUUUCGUGGUGAGAUGGUUUUAUUUAAAUGUGUUUUCUUCCAUUGUUUAAAAUUCAUUGUUGUAUGUAUAUACAGUCAGUGGCCAGUUUAUUAGGUACAUCCAUCUAGAACCGGGUCGGAUCCCGCUUUGCCUCCAGAACAGCCUGAAUUAUUCGGGGCAUUCUACAUGGUGUCGGAAACAUUCCACAGGGAUGUUGGUUCAUGCUGACGCGAUGGCAUCGUGCAGUUGCUGCAGAUUGGACGGUGGUACAUUCAUUCUGCGAACAGCCCGUUCCAUUUUAUCCCAAACAUACUCUAUUGAGUUGAGGUCUGGGGACUACGCAGGCCACUCAAGUAAGCUGAACUCACUGUCAUGUUCCAGGCAAUGUUUUUUCACUCCUCAAUUGUCCAGUGUUGGUGAUCGCAUGCCCAUUGGAGACGCUUCUUGUUUUUAGCUGAUGGGGUGGAACCCGGUGUUGUCAUUUGCUACAAUAGCCCAUCUGUGACAUGGAUCGACGAGCUGUGAGUUCCCGGAUGGUUAUUGGUCUGUUUGUGGCCCGCCUGGUAGCUUGCACGAUUCUUGCCAUUCUCAUUUGACCUCGCUCAUCAACGAGCUGUUUUCACCCACAGGACUGCCACUGAUUGGAUGUUUUUUUGUUUGUCGCAUCAUUCUCUGUAAACCCAAGACACUGUCAUGCGUGAAAAGCCCAGGAGGGCGGUCGUUUCUGAGAUACUGGAUCCGGCGCGCCUGGCACUGACCAUCAUACCACGCUCAAAAGUCGCUUUGGACACUCGUUUUGCCCAUUCUUACGUUCAAUCAAACCGUAAUUGAAGGCUUCGAUGCCUGUCUGCCUGCUUUAUAUAGCAAGCCAUGGCCACGUGACUCACUGUAGGAGCGAUCCAUUUUUGUAAACGGAGGGGUGUACCUAAAACUGUCCACAGUUUAUUAGGUUAGAUAAGUGGUGAGCAAGAUGCUCUUGUUUUGUUUGUGGAUGUUUAAUCAAUUAGAAUGGAGCACUGUAGGUUAAGGUGCCCUUCUAAUUCCCGUGGGCUCUGCUCAGGGUUGGGAUACUAUCCUGUUUGUCUGACACACAGGGCAACAUACUGAAUUUGAAAUUCUCUCUCUCUUUAACCAACUGACAAUCUAAUGAUGUAGGCUAACUUCAGGCAACAAACUACCAAGUUGUCUCCUGAAUUUGACCCCUAUAUAUUGUUCAACAUUUUGGGGUCACUUCGAAAUGUCCUUGUUUUUGAAAGAAAAGCUUCUUUUUUUUGUUGUCCAUUUUUAAAAUAACAUCAAAUUGAUCAGAAAUACAGUGUGGACACUUAAUGUUGUAAAUCACUAUUGUAGCUGGAGACGGCUGAUUUUUAAUUGAAUAUCUACAUAGGCGUACAGAGGUCCAUUAUCAGCAACCAUCGCUCCUGUGUUCCAAUGGCACGUUGUGUUAGCUAAUCCAAGUUUAUCAUUUUAAAAAGCUAAUUGAUCAUUAGAACCCUUUUGCAAUUAUGUUAGCACAGCUGAAAACUGUUCUCCUGAUUUUAAGAAGCAAUAAAUAUGGCCUCCUUUAGGCUAGUUGAGUAUCUGGAGCAUCAGCAUUUGUGGUUUCGAUUACAGGCACAAAAUGGCCAGAAACAAAGCACCUUCUUUCGAAACUCGUCAGUCUAUUAUUGUUCUGAGAAGUGAUGGCUAUUCCAUGCAAGAAGAUCUCGUACAAUGCUGUGUACUACUCCCUUCACUGGCUCUAACCAGAAUAGAAAGAGGAGUGGGAGGCCCGGUGCACAACUGAGCAAGAGGACAAGUACAUUAGUGUCUAGUUUGAGAAACAGACGCCUCAUAAUUCCUCAACAGGCAGCUUCAAUAAAUAGUACCCACAAAACACCAGUCUCAACAUCAACAGUGAAGAGGCGACUCCGGGAUGCUGUUCUUCUUGGCCGAGUUGCAAAGAAAAAGCCAUAUCUCAGACUGGCCAAUAAGAAAAAAAGAUUAAUAUGGGCAAAAGAAUACAGACACUGGACAGAGGAACUCUGCCAAGAAGGCCAGCAUCCUGAAGUCGCCUCUUCACUGUUGACGUUGAGACUCAGUUGUGCACCGGGGCCUCCCACUCAUGAUGAUGCUGAUGCUCCAGAUACUCAACUAGUCUAGAGAAGGCCAGUUGUAUUGCGUCGUUAAUCAGAAUAACAGUUUUCAGCUGUGCUAACAUAAUUACAAAAGGGUUUUCUAAUGAUAAAUUAGCCUUUAAAAAUGAUAAACUUGGAUUAGCUAACACAACAUGCCAUUGGAACACAGGAGCGAUGGUUGUUGAUAAUGGGCCUCUAAGGCAAUGUAGAUAUUCCAUUAAACAUCUGCCGUUUCCAGCUACAAUAGUCAUUUACAACAUUAACAAUGUCUACGUAUUUCUGAUCAAUUUGAUGUUAUUUUAAUUACAAAAAAAAAUUAAAAUCUUUCAAAAACAAGGACAUUUCGAAGUGACCCCAAACAUUUGAACGGUAGUGUGUAUGUGUGUAUAUAAAAUAUAUUAUAUUACACACACACACACACACACACACAGUUUAGAGAUGGUUUGAUAUGCCACCCUUUUGUUACUGUGUUUUAUGCGUACCUGCAGUUGUUUAGAAAGUAAACCAUUUAAAGUAUGUCUCAGAUUAACGCUUAAAUAUGUUUGUCCAUGAAUGAGGGACUUGGACCCAGGUUCUUUUUUGUUGUGAACUUGAUAUACGAACAGUUGAUGUACCCUUAAACUGCUGAAAUGUCAAUCACACAAACACUUAUUGUUCAAUUGUAUACUUCAGUCAAACAAUGCUUCAUAAUUAUUACACAGCAUUUGCGAUCUUAGAAAAAACAUUAAGUGACUGAAUGAAUCCGGUACCCAAGUCACUUUUUUUUUAAAUGAGAAAGAAAUGUGGUUAGAUUGGUAAUCGUAAAAAAAAAAAAAAGGGAACCAAAUUUUAGCACAGAGCCGUCCGCUGUAACUUUGGAUCUUCCCCUGAGGAUUGCAAACGUUCAUUGUCCUUAUACUCAAGUAUUUUCUCCAGAAAUACUGCAGUAUGUAUAUAAUUUUCAAGUACCUAAAUGAAGUCAAAGGAAAAUCUGUCUUAACCUGUUUUAAACUUGCAGGUUACUUGUUUACUGUCAAUGUUUUUAUAAGGCUAGACUGGAAAUAAAUAUAUUUUAUUUCAGAAAUGCAUUACUUUUAUCUUUAGGUUAGCUGCAUAUUUUUCAGUCAUCUGUACAGCUUGACACUGAUUUUGUGCUGCGGCGCUUUUGUUUUUAAAGAGUUUUGGAUAGUAUGUUAGUGUUCUGUUGUCGACACACCAGUUUGAAUGCGGAUUACUUGCAUAUAUACUGUAAGACUUGCAUAGUGACUAAGGUGUUAGAGAUGGGGCCUUACAUGAACAUGUCAUGUAAUUAUGUGAGCCUCAUAAGGAACGUAUGUACAGUGCCUUCAAAGUAUCCAUACACUUUGACUUAUUCCACAUUGUUGUUACAGCCUGAAUAUAAAAUGUAAAAAAUAUUUUAAAAAUCCCUCACCCAUCUACUACUCACCACCCUAUAAUGACAAAUUUAAUUUAUUUUUUUAAUAAUUUAUUGAAAAUGAAAUCCAGAUAUAAUUUACCUAAGUAUUCACACCCAAUGGUCAAUACUUUUUAGAAGCACCUUUGGUGGCGAUUGCAGCUUUGAGUGGUCUUGGGUAUGUCUAUAUCAGCUUUACACAUCUGGAUUUUGUGAUUUAUUUUUCCCCCAACCCCCCCAUUCUUCCUUGCAUAUUUUCUCAAGCUCUUAAGUUGGAUAGGGAGUGGUGGUGAACAGAUAUCUUCAAGUCUUUCCACAGAUUCAAGUCUGGGCUUUGGCUGGGACACUCAAGGACUUGCACAUUCUUGUUCUGAAGCCAUUCCAGCGUUGCUUUGGCUUUUUGCUUGAGGUCAUUGUCCUGUUGGAAGGUAAAUAUUUGCCUCAGUCUAAGGUCAUUUGCACUCUGAAGCAGGUUCUCAUCAAGGAUUUGCCUGUAUUUGGCUCUAUUCAUUGUUCCCUCUAUCCUUACCAGUCUCCCAGUCCCUGCCGCUGAUGGUAGGGAUGGUGUUAGAUGAGCUGUGCCUGGUUUUCUUCAGACAUAGCGCUUUGCAUUCAGGCCAAAUAAUUAAAUUUUUUGUCUCAUCAGACCACAAUCUUUUGCCUUAUGCUUUCAGUCUUUCAUGUGCCUUUUUGCAAGCUCCAGGUGUGCUGUCAUAUGCCUUUUUCUCAAGAGUGGCUUCCAUCUGGCCACUCUCCCAUAAAGCCCAGAUUGGUGAAGUGCUGUAGAGACCGUUGUCCUUCUGGCAGGUUCUCCCAUCUCACCCAAGGAGUUCUGUAUUUCUGUCAGUGGUUAUUGGGUUCUUAGUCACCUCCCUGAUUUUAAUGUCCUUCUUGCUCAGUUUGGUCAGACGGCCAGCUCCAGGCAGAGUCUGGGUAGUUCCAAUUUUUUAUUUAUUUUUUAAGUUCGAGACCACUGUGCUCUUGGAACUUUCAGGAAAUGUUAUACCCUCCCCCAGGGUAUUCCUUACCACAAUUCUGUCUCAGCGAUCUACAGACAGUUCCUUAGACUUCAUAGUUUCAUAGUUUCUGCUCUGAUAUGCACUGUCAACUGUGGGACCUUUUAUAUAGAUAGGUGUAUGUCUUUCAAAAUAAUGUCCAAACAAUUGAAUUGGCCACAGGUCACUACAACUUUGAGUCCACAUCUCAAGGACGAUCAAAGGAAAUUGGAUGCUCCGGAGCUCAAUUUGGAGUGUCUUAGCAAAAGGGUGUGAAUACUUAUGUAAAUUAGAUUUCUGUAUUUCGUUUUCAAUAAAUGUGCUAAAAUCUCAAAGUGUGUGGCUGGCUGGCUGGCAGGCAGGCAGGCAGGCAAAGAAAAAACAUGUAUUCAAUCCAUUUUGAAUUCAGGCUGUAACACAACAAAAUGUGGACUACGUCAAGGGGUAUGAAUACUUUUCUGAAGGUACUUUUUGCAAAAUUCAGAGGCCAUAUCCUGAUCUUAGAUCCAUUCACCAUGCUUGAACCUUUGUAAAUCUUUGCCUCCCAUUGAAAUAGGAUAUGGCUCUAAAAGAAUGCUCAAUUAGGGUGUUUUUUUUUCUUCAAUAUUUGACUUUUGAUCAAAAAUUGACCCAUCUGGUACCAUACAAGACUGACCUAAUUGUUCAAAAGCGUAGCACUUACUAAGCAUCCAAUGUAUUAUUUUUCUUAUUUACCAUAACUACAGUACCUCAUAAAUUCAUAGAAAACCUAUUUGUAUUGGUUGUUGUUUUAGACCCCACCCCCUCUGUAGUUUUGCUUUGAAAACAGCCAUCAUACACUUGGCAGUUCUGACUGUCAGAAUCUGUGGAAUGUCAGACUGAGUUGUCAUCGAGAUGGGCAGACCCAUUGUAAAUGUAUUUGACUGAAAUGUGCAAAUUUGAAAUGUUUAUCUAUAAUGUAUCCACUGCAAAUGCUAGUUUUAUUUUAUUAACUAGUAAAAUCAUUGACCUUAUACGAAAAAUAAUGGCCUCAAACCCUUGCUUUGUGUAAUUUCACCAACUUGUUUAGCUUUUGUGAUAUUCAACUAGUUCAGAGAUCUAGAAUUGUAACAAUGUUCAGGGUUCUAGAAAUGUAAGAUGUGUGAGAGGUAUUUGGUGUAAUUAAUGACAAUUGUUAAAUAUGCACUGAUAGUCUUAUCAGCUUUUUCACAAAUUAUUGUUCUAGAAAAAACGAUAAAGCUCUCUACAGGUUGUCCCUUUGCUCCGCUGGAACUAGUUCUGUUAGGUUCAGAGGUAUAUCUGGCUGGAGUAAAAUAGAUUUGAAUGCUCGCUCCCAUAUUGUCCAUAUUGAUGUACCUCAGUUGUGACGUUACUGUGUGACCCUUAGUGGUGGGUUGUGUCCCCCUAAACAGGGGACCUGAACCCCAUGUUGCUGACCUUUUCAGCUCACUAAUAAGCUCACCGAUUUGCCUUACCCAAUCUAACCCUAUCACUUAAGUACUUGUUUAUUGGAACACUUCAAGGAGAGAUGUAGACAUGACUUUCUUGUAACUGAGAAAUAAAUCAAAUCAAGUGUUUCCAUGUUAGGGCGCUUCUCUUCAAAGUGGCAUACUAUGUUGGUAGUUACAUGGUACACAUUUUCAACCGUUUCUGGUUUGUAUACAUUUAUUUUUCUUCACGUUACCUUGUUGAAUCUUGAAAGCUUAUUUAAUUGCUCACUCCUGCAGAUGAUGUAAUACUUUAAGCAAAUGCAAGUGUAUACCAAUUGGGUAACCUUGUAAGCAUUAGAAAUGUGCAUACAUACAUUCAUGUCUGCUAUAUUUAUGAAUACAUUCAAGAAUGGCUUUAGACUGCUGUAGUAUUGUCUAUGUUAAUUCAACUGCUUCUCAGAGGCCUCUGUGAUUGACUUUGCAAAGUUCAAUAACUGUAUAUUUUGUAUUAUGUCCCAUCUCCAAAGGAAAGACCGAAAAUAAAAUGUUAAAAAGCUUUGUUCCCUGAACUAAAUUGUGCUACUUGUGUUGAGUCGAUUGAACAAAUUGCAUUCCUUGCUUGUGAAUUUUUUUCUCUUCUUUCCCUGAAUUUCCUCGCCGCCUUUCCGUCCUUAUUUCUUUCAUUUUUUUUUGCCUUUUGAAGUUUGAAAUAAAAUGUAUAGUUUGCAGAAUGUAUCACUAAAUAAAUGGGUUGUUACCUUGCA